UUAACAAUAAUACUUAUUGGGAGAGUUUUACCUUAGAUCGGGAUGUACGAGAACAGUUGCAAAUGCACCCUAAAAGGUUUCUUCUUUGCAUGAAAUUUAUCCCAACCAGUAUUAAAAAAAAACCUCUGUAAUCAGUCAAAGAGUCGGCAGAAAUAGUACACCUGGAAAUCCAUAUCCAUCUUGUUCUAUUCCCUUCCAAAUGAUAAAAUUUUAAGCACACUAUAAAUCAUUUCCUAUGAAAAACCAGCCACGUCUCCUUCACUCUACACACGUCCACUGUCCACGUGUUGCUCUCCCAUUACCGCCACCCUCCAACCCUUUUCAAAACUUCCUCUAUAUGUAUCUUCACCAAAAUUAACUUCCAUAAAACUGCUAAAGUUGGAACUGAUCCAGCAAAAAAUUUCCAAACCAAAGCAAAUUUGUCUUUUCCCUUUUCUGUGAUCAAUUUUGUUUGCUAGAUUGAAGAUGGAAUCCCAAUUACAUCGCCCUGCUGAACAACACACAUAUGAUGCUGAUCCUCAUGCUGUCGGAUUACACUCUGUUGUGGAAGAUGAGGGUGAUCAACAGCAUCAUGAGAAGAAAUCUGUACUGAAGAAAGUGAAGGAUAAAGCAAAGAAGAUCAAGGAUAAACUCACACAUGGUCAUGAACAGGAACAUGGUCAAGUACAAGAACGCGAUUAUCAACAUGAUGAAUAUGAAGAAGCAGAGGAAGGAGAUGAUGAAGAAAUGGUUCAAGACCCUGAAAUCCAUGGUGCCCCAAGUAUGCUCUUUUCCCGUUCUAUUCUGUUUUUAAGUUAUUGGUUUUUUAGGAUCAAUCAUCAUUGUUCAUUGUUGUUGAUGAUUUAGGCUGAAUUACUUGAAGAAAAAUGGUCUAAUUGUGAGAGGGUUCUAAUUUUAUUGCAGUGUAUGAAUCAGCAGCUAUUAAGAAUGCAAUGCCUGCUCCAUCUCGACCUCCCAAUUUGGAAAAUCCCUCAUCGGUAAAGGAAGAUCGAUAUGAUCAUGAUCCUAAUAGGAGUGAUCCAAUCGAAGGAAAAAAUGUUGAGUUUGGACAGGAGAGGCCUAAACUUGGUACUGUUCUUGCUGGAGGACUCCGGGAAGAUCCUCAUGCGCCAAAAAGCCAUCCGGGUGAAGACGUUCCAUCUCCAAAUUACGAAACUAAAGUAACUGAUCCGUCUGGAAAAGGUGGGGAGGAAAUUGAUGUUAAUCCAUUGGUCAGUAAAUUUGAUAAGAUGGGCGUUUCUGAGGAAAAAAAUACAGGAACAGAAUCGGAACAGGGGAAGUAUGCUGGAAGUCAUGAUCAGUUACUCCCUCAAUCUACACCAACUGAACGUGAAUUUAGUCCCACCGGAAAAUCAACAUCCGAUCAAACCAGCACGGGUGGAGGCUAUGUCGAGAAGAUAUCAGUGGCUACUUCAGUCUUAGCUGAUAAAGCAAUCUCUGCCAAGAAUGUGGUGGCUUCCAAGUUAGGAUAUGGUGGUGCUGAGGAAAACAGAGGCCAAACAGAGCAGCAAAGUAGUACAGGACAAACAGGGGCUCCGGCUCCGGCAGGAUCACCAACGGGGUAUGUUCAGAAAGCUGCGGCUACUGUGUCGGAAAAGCUGGCUCCUGUCUACGGGAAAGUCGCCGGUGCCGGAAGUGCUGUGGUGUCGAAAGUGAAAGGUACCGGAGCAUCAGGUCAAGGACAAGAAGGGACUGAUAAAGGGGUUUCGGUGACGGAAUUUCUGGCUGAGAAACUGAAGCCCGGUGAAGAAGAUAAGGCCCUUUCCGAGGUAAUAUCAGACACCCUUCAUAGGAAAAAAGAAGGGUUAACUGAAUCAAAACCAGUGCUCGGAAAGGUAACUGAAUCAGAGGAAGUGAGGAGGAAUUUAGGGAGUGGAAUGGAGAACAAGAGAGAAGGGGAGGAUGCCAUUGCUGCCGGAAAAGAAAGCGUCGGAACCGGCGGUGGAGGUGUGAUGGAUAAGAUCACGGGGGCUGUUACUUCAUGGAUCACCAAAGGAAACGAGCAAGAAUAUACCAAAGGAGCAGCCGAUUCUUCUUACAGUAAUUAAUUAAUGAUCUAUGUCCAAGUUUUUUGCAUUUUGAAAAAUUUCUUUUUUCUUUUCUUUUUAAUAAUUGCUUGUUUUGUUUGCAGUGGAUAAUCAAGCUUCUCGUACUACUGGUGAAGUUGGACAUCAGCCGGAGGUUGCUGCCGGCGAUCAACGGAGGCUUCAGGAAUCCGGCAACUGAACGAAAGAGACUCCAGCCACACAAUAAUUAGUUGUGGCAAAUCUAUAUGUUUUCUUCCUUUUUUCUUUUUUUUUCUUAAAUACCGGUUUGUGUAGUUUUCGUAGAAUGUACAAAUGUUCAGAUGUGGUUCGGUUAUUGUGGCGUUGUUAUCUCUUUUCAGUGACAUCUUUGGUUUUGUAAAUGUUUAGACGGUGGCUGUUUCUGUAAUCAUCUAUUUCGAUCAGGUUGCCUUUCCAGUGGACGUAAAAUUUCCUUAGGAAAACAUAAAUUAGAAUUAGAUUUGAUUUCGAAAUUAUUGUUUCGACUAAUCUGGAUUCGAGCAUUUUGUGUUCGAAAUUAUUGUUUUGACUAAUCUCGACUAAUCUGGAUUCGAG